AUGUAUAUCAAUAAUUGUAUUUCAAGAUAUCGCUCCUUAAUAGAAAGAGCUUGGUGUCAAUUAGAAAAAUGGAAAAUACUUGAAAAGUAUAGACUAAUGUGGACCGAGGACCAAUCGGUUGUAGAAGUCUGCGAAAAACAUAACCAAAUUAUGUUUAUAAUUGCAUCUAUUUAUAAUAUUUUCAAUAAACCUCUUGGUGAACCAUCAUCAUUACCUUCAGUCUAUAGUGGGAUUUAUUGUAUUUCAGGUCAAGAAAUUAAACAAGAUGGUAUUGUUGAAAGAAAAACCACAUCUGGAGGCAACCAUAUAAUUUUUAUGAGCAUUAAAGGUAGAAAUGCAAUAAAUCCAGACAAUAUUACAUUUUCAUUUUACCAACUUUAUUCAAAGUUUAAACUAGAGGUUGAAAAUUAUCUUUAUCGUUAUCCUUUUUUGUAUCACUUGGAAGAUUUAAAAAAAAAGGAUAAAAGUGGAUAA